ACAUAUAUGCAUGUAUAUAUCGUUAUUAACUUACGACUAUAAUGUUAAAGAAAAAAAAAUGUUUUAUAAAAAUGGAAGAAAAAUUCUGAUAAUUGCAUUAGAGAGAGACACUUGAGCCAACAUUUGCAUUAAAAAGACUUCCCUUCUCUCUAUGCAAACAAGACGGCUCAGCUCGCUUGCUCCUCUCUUCCCGUAUAUGAUAGAGGGAGUUUUUCUUGGAAGAUGCAAAGGACUUAAUUAGCUCUGGUGAUAGGCACUGAGAUAAAGUCAACGGUGUGUCAUUAGCUUGUAAAAUUUUGGCAUGAGAAGAGUUUUAAAGUUUCUCGAUACGACCUUGAACCUCGGAGCUAAUUUGGUUUCUUGCACGCGAAGAAAGAAACAUCUGAAAGAUUGUUCGUAAAGAAUUCGGUUGCAGAAAUGAGAGAAGAAACAGAACCAAGCGAAAGAACGUUGGGGUUAACACCAACUUGGUCCGUUGCUACAGUGUUGACUGUCUUUGUAUUUGUUUCUUUGAUCGUUGAACGUUCCAUUCAUCGGCUUAGUAACUGGUUGCAAGAGACGAAGAGAAAACCUUUGUUUGCUGCAUUGGAGAAAAUGAAAGAAGAGCUGAUGCUGCUCGGGUUCAUAUCGCUUCUUCUUACAGCAACCUCUAGCACAAUAGCUAACAUAUGCGUCUCUUCAAGUUUCCACAAUGAUAGAUUUGUUCCAUGUACCCGCUCCGAGAUUAAUGAUCAGGAACUUGAAAGUACUAUUUCAUCUGUCAAGCGGACUCGGUUAACGAGAUCUCUCUUCUUCCACAUUAUGAGGAGAAGAUUGAGUGGCAUAGGCGAGAAUACGUGCAGCGAGGGACAUGAGCCAUUUCUUUCAUAUGAAGGCAUGGAACAAUUGCAUCGCUUCAUUUUUAUAAUGGCAGUCACGCAUGUAACUUACAGCUGCUUGACAAUGCUUCUUGCAAUAGUGAAGAUUCAUAGAUGGAGGAUAUGGGAAGAUGAGGUUCAUAUGGAUCGAAAUGAUUGCUUAACUGUGGUCGCACGUGAAAAGAUAUUCCGAAGGCAAACAACAUUUGUCCAGUAUCAUACAUCUGUUCCUCUGGUUAAGAAUAGAUUACUCAUAUGGGUGAUAUGUUUCUUCAGACAGUUUGGACAUUCUGUUGUUCGUUCUGACUAUCUUACACUCCGCAAGGGAUUCAUCAUGAACCAUCACUUAACAUUGACAUACGAUUUUCAUAGUUAUAUGAUCCGCUCUAUGGAAGAAGAAUUCCAAAAGAUUGUUGGCGUCAGUGGGCCACUUUGGGGUUUUGUAGUUGGUUUCAUGCUUUUCAACAUAAAAGGAUCAAAUCUUUAUUUCUGGUUAGCGAUCAUUCCAAUCACUCUUGUUCUUUUGGUUGGUGCAAAGUUGCAACAUGUCAUCGCAACUUUAGCAUUGGAGAACGCUGGGAUAACAGAAUAUGCUUCUGGUAUAAAGUUGAGACCUCGUGAUGAACUUUUUUGGUUCAAGAAACCAGAAUUACUAUUAUCUCUUAUCCACUUCAUUCAGUUUCAGAAUGCUUUUGAACUGGCUUCCUUCUUCUGGUUUUGGUGGCAAUUUGGAUACAAUUCUUGCUUCCUAAGGAAUUAUUUACUUGUCUACUUGCGACUUAUUCUAGGGUUUUCUGGACAAUUUUUAUGUAGCUACAGCACACUACCACUCUAUGCACUUGUCACUCAGAUGGGAACAAACUACAAGGCAGCAUUGUUACCUCAAAGGGUAAGAGAGACAAUAAAUGGUUGGGGAAAAGCAACCAGAAGGAAAAGAAGACAUGGGUUAUACGGUGAUGAUUCAACUAUUCGAACAGAAACAAGCACAAUUGCAUCUGUUGAUGAAUACAAUGACCAGGUUCUUGAUGUUUCCGAAACAUCUCCAGUUCAAGGUAACGAGCUUGAGCUGCAGCUUAUUCGCGGAUCUUGUGAAAAUUCUAGCAGUGUUGAAACACCGAUCUUGCGACCUUGUGCUUCAAUAUCUUCAACAACUUUCUCAAGGCUACAGACAGAAACAACAGAAUCACUCUCAAGGUCAUCCUCAUUGCCAAUGAGAAGAGAAUGUUAAGAUAGAAAUAUGUUUAGUUGUUCGAUUUUCAAUCUUUCUUU